AUGACAAAGGUUGCAGCUGUUGCUUUAGUACGGAGUGGAAGAGCAGCAGAUUUACCCCGUAAAGCAAUACCAAGUUAUCAAACAGUAAGGAGAUUUUAA